UUCUUUUAAAUCCUUUAUUUGUGCUUAAAUUCUAGACAGCGUGUAAUACUAGAUAAUACAUAUACUACAUAUAACACAGAGUGUUAGCAUUACGAAUUGCGUCGUGUGUAUGACUGCGCGUAUAAUAUAGAUUCUGAAAAAGUGUAGUUAACUGUACAGUAAGAGCUUUUUCAAUAACCUCACCAUACACUGCAGACCUGUUUUUCUCUGUUCACCUUGGAUGAUCAUAGUAUCUUCAACUUAACUUUACUCAUAAUAACUACUUCCAACGUAAAAUAAAGGAGCGGAGUAAAAUUUUAUCGCAUCUUCAAUAAGGAAAAGGUAGUGGUCACAUAAUAACAACAAAAAUAUUGUGAAAAAUAUAAUGGCUGGAGAACAGCAGCAAUUUUUUCUCAAAUGGAAUGACUUCCAAUCAAAUAUGGUUUCAUCGUUUAAACAUCUGCGUGAUGAAAAGAGCUUCACAGAUGUAACAUUAGCAUGUGAUGGUCAAACAUGUAAAGCACAUAAAAUGGUACUAUCUGCAUGCAGUCCAUAUUUUAAAUCAUUACUAGAGGAAAAUCCAUCUAAACAUCCAAUUAUUAUAUUAAAAGAUGUAGCAUAUAGUCAUCUUCAAGCAAUUUUAGAAUUUAUGUAUGCAGGCGAAGUAAAUGUAUCCCAAGAUCAAUUACCAGCAUUUUUGAAAACAGCAGAUCGAUUAAAGGUUAAGGGAUUAGCAGAAGCUCCUGGUGCCAUUAAAAGGGAAGGUUAAAUUUUUUACAACUAUAUACGAUAUUUUGGAAAGUGUGCGGAUU